AUGAUUUGGUUAGAUCUCCCUUCGUUGCAAUCAAUCGAGUUGGGCCAGUCUGCACUUUCCGGACAGCAGAAGGAUACUUCCAGUUCCUUGAUAAUGCGAAAUCUUCCCAGCCUAGCAUUCUUCACGUCACAAGGGAAUAGCUUGCAAAAUCUGAAGCAACUGACUUUAGAAAAUAUUCCUAGUCUUCGUACUGUCAGACUGCCUUGUUCGUUUCAGGGAGUCCAAUCGAAAAUAGUAUCGAAUGUAUCUUCAGAAUUAAUAGAUCUAUUUGGAAAAGGAACACAGUAGAUUUGUCGGUUAUUCCUUCAAAACGAUUCUUUCAUUGAUUUU